UCAUCUGAAAAUAUGCUGCCACAAAGAGCCUUUUUGCUGCUAAUGUCAUUGAACUUGGUGCAUGGAGUGUUUUAUGCUGAACGAUACCAAACACCCACAGGCAUAAAAGGCCCACAACCCAACACCAAGACACAAUUCUUCAUUCCCUACACCAUAAAGAGUAAAGGUAUACCAAUAAGAGGAGAGCAAGGUGUUCCUGGACCAGCAGGCCCAACUGGACCCCGAGGACACCCAGGUCCUUCUGGACCACCAGGAAAACCGGGUUAUGGAAGUCCUGGACCCCAAGGAGAGCCAGGGUUGCCAGGACCCCCAGGACCAUCAGCCACUGGGAAGCCAGGUGUCCCAGGACUUCCAGGAAAACCAGGAGAGAGAGGACCAUACGGGGCCAAGGGUGACAUUGGGCCAGCUGGUUUACCAGGACCCCGGGGUCCUCCAGGGCCACCUGGAAUCCCUGGCCCAGCUGGAAUUUCUGUGUCAGGAAAACCUGGACAACAGGGACCUACAGGAGCACCAGGACCCCGAGGUCCUCCUGGAGAAAAGGGUACUCCCGGAGUUCCUGGUAUGAACGGACAGAAGGGGGAAUCAGGAUAUGGUGCUCCUGGCCGCCCAGGUGAGAGGGGCCUUCCAGGCCCUCAGGGGCCCGUGGGACCACCUGGCUCUCCUGGAGUAGGCAAAAGAGGUGAAAAUGGGUUUCCAGGACAGCCAGGUAUCAAAGGUGAGCGAGGUUUUCCAGGAGAAAGGGGACCCACUGGCCCACCAGGUCCACAAGGUCCUCCUGGAGAACGAGGAUCAGAAGGUAUUGGAAAGCAAGGACCUCCUGGAUCUGCAGGGCAGCCAGGAAUCCCAGGAGCAAAAGGUCAUCCCGGAGUUCCAGGAAUGGCUGGGCCCCCAGGGCCUCCUGGCUUUGGGAAACCAGGUUUGCCAGGCAUGAAAGGACAAAGAGGACCUGCUGGCCUUCCAGGGGGUCCUGGUGCCAAAGGGGAGCAGGGGCCAGCUGGCCAUCCAGGGGAGCCAGGUCUGACUGGACCUCCUGGAAAUAUGGGGCCCCAAGGACCAAAAGGCAUGCCAGGCAACCAUGGUAUCCCAGGCUCUAAAGGUGAGCCAGGGCCAGCAGGGCCUGCGGGACAGCCUGGGGCUAAGGGAGAAAGAGGCUUCCCCGGCUCAGAUGGAAAACCAGGAUAUGCAGGAGAACCAGGUCUCAAUGGUCCAAAGGGUAACCCAGGUUUACCAGGCCCAAAAGGUGACCCUGGAGUGGGUGGUUCUCCAGGUCUUCCAGGUCCAAUGGGCCCAGCAGGAGCUAAAGGAGUGCCAGGAAAUAAUGGUGAGCCUGGCGUAAGAGGUACCCCCGGAAUUCCAGGCACUAGAGGCCCUAUGGGACCUCCAGGCAUGCCGGGAGUCCCUGGUUCUAAAGGAGACCCAGGAAACCCAGGUCUUCCAGGCCCAGCUGGGGUAGCUGUUAAGGGUCUCAGUGGACCGACUGGGCCAGCAGGACCUCCAGGCCCAAGGGGCCAUGCUGGAGAACCUGGUCUACCAGGUCCCCCAGGUCCCCCAGGUCCCCCAGGUCAAGCAGCUUUGCCUGAGGACUUCAUAAAGGCAGGCCAAAGGCCCAGUCUUUCUGGAACCCCUCUUGUUGGUGCCAAUCAGGGUAUUACAGGAAUGCCUGUGUCGGCUUUUACUGUCAUUCUUUCCAAAGCUUACCCAGCAAUAGGCACUCCCAUUCCCUUUGAUAAGAUUUUGUAUAACAAGCAACAACAUUAUGACCCACGGACUGGAAUCUUCACCUGUAGUAUACCAGGAAUAUACUAUUUCUCCUACCACGUGCAUGUGAAAGGGACCCAUGUUUGGGUAGGCCUGUAUAAGAAUGGCACCCCCGUGAUGUACACUUAUGAUGAAUAUACCAAAGGCUACCUGGAUCAGGCUUCAGGGAGCGCCAUCAUCGACCUCUCUGAAAAUGACCAGGUGUGGCUCCAGCUGCCCAAUGCUGAGUCAAACGGCCUGUACUCCUCUGAAUAUGUCCACUCCUCUUUCUCAGGAUUCCUAGUGGCUCCCAUGUGAGACAGACCUGGCAAGUUGAUCUCAAUCUUCUGCUUGAAAAGGCAUUUCCCAACCCAUCCUACCCCACAAAAUACACGCAGAGGUAGGCUGAAAACAAUGUGAGUGGCUUCGUUUCAUUGUCCAAAAUACAGGUUUGAGCUAUUAGAACAACAAUUGUGCUCCCUGAAAA